AUGAAGUUUCUCAAGGUCGGCCGCGUGGCGAUCAUCACUCGAGGCCGGUAUGCCGGAAAGAAGGUUGUCAUCAUCCAGCCCCAGGACUCUGGCACGAAACAGCAUCCCUUCUCCUACGCCCUCGUCGCAGGCAUCGAGCGUUACCCAUCGAAAGUCACUCGCCGCAUGGGCAAAAAACGAAUGGAGAAACGAUCAAAAGUCAAGCCAUUCAUCAAGAUGAUCAACUACAACCACAUCAUGCCUACACGAUACACGCUAGAACUCGAAGGACUGAAGAGUGUCAUUUCGAACGACACAUUCAAGGAGGUCUCCCAAAGAGAGGAUGCCAAGAAGAACGUCAAGAAGGCCUUGGAGGAGAGAUACCUGAGCGGCAAGAACAGAUGGUUCUUCACGCCUUUGAGAUUUUGA